AUCGGCGUCAAAUUAAACCCGCACGGACACAACCAUGUUACACAUUUCCCGGGUCUCCCAGGCCAUUAUCGAAGCUCCAAACCCAGAGCUCACAUCGUCUCCACCUCCUCAAGAGUCAAGAAUACCUAGACUAAUAUUCCCCCAUGGCGACACGGCGACCUAAGUCCGAGAUGUCCCCGCUGCCGGAGCCGACGCCGGCCUCCGACCAGAGGGUCGACGCCGUCAUCGAGGAGCUGAGGAAGGGCGCUCAGCUGGCGGAGUUCCUCAGGCAGCAGGUGGAGCUCAUCCCGGAGCACGGCCGCCGCGACGCCGCGCUGGCAAACGUCAGCGACAUCUCCACGGCGCUCGCGUCGUCGCUUUCCGUGCUCCAGUCAGAGAGAGAGCAGCUCUACUCCCCUUCCUCCUCCUCUUCUGACGCCGGGGUGGCGGCUCAUGCUGCCCCCGCCUUCGGUGCACGGAAUGGCCCCGUGGCCCGCGCCAGGAGGGCGAAGCACCGGCGUGGCAGCCAUGGACAGGAGCUUCCAAUCAAGGAGAUACUGACCGAGACACCAGAAAAUGAUGGAUUCCACUGGAGGAAGUAUGGCGAGAAGAAGAUCCUGAAUGCUGCUUUUCCAAGGUUAUACUACAGAUGUGGCUACAGCGACGAGCACAAGUGCCCAGCAAAGAAGUACGUGCAGCAGCAAGAUAACGGCGACCCUCCCUUGUUCAUGGUCACCCUUAUCAACGACCAUACAUGCGAUGCUUUGUUCCCAGCUGAACAACCACCUGGCAGCAGCUCAAGCAGUAGCGCUAACUCUCAAGUGCUCGACUUCACGAAAGCUUCGAUUUCUUCCCCAACAAUGGCAGCUGCUUCUGCUGCGGUCCCGAGGUUGAAGAAAGAGGAAGACGUAGUAGCAGGCAUGUCUGUGACUACGCCUAGCUACACAUACGACGAGUUGUCUUCGUCCUCGCUACCAUUGAUGUCGCCAAUGCAGUGGGAGAUGGAAAUGGAGAUGAAGUCACUUUUUCGUCGUCAGGAUGCCUCAAGUGGUAGUUAAUUAGUCUGCGGAAUGGAUAAGUGUGUGUUGCAUUCAAACAACUCGAUCGAUCCUGAACCUUAAUAAUCCGUGAUUGCGGGAGACCACACUUUGGUGUUGUAAUAGUAUGGUUCUUACUAAUUUUUUUACUCCCUCCGUCUCAUAUUAAGUGACGAAAUAUUACAUGCAUCUACACGCAUUUUGGGUAUAGAUACAUCCAUAUUUAGGCAAAUUUGAGUCACUUAAUAUGGGACGGAGGGAGUAUAAUAUUUCAGAUAAUUUGGUCGUUGCAAUAGGAACUGA